AUGGCGGACCGCCCCCCCGGCGCGCCGCCGCCCAUGCCUCCAUCACAACAUAUCAGCCCCUCGCGGCGCGACGGCAUGAGCGCGCACGACGAAAAACAAAGAAGACGAAAAACGUGCUUCUUCAUCGACGAGUGCGGCGUGCGGCUGCAACUCCCGAAACUCCCGGUGAUGACGGCGCAGUGCUUCUUCCACAAGUUCUUCGCGCGCGAGUCUUUUAGGAGACACGACCGCUUCGUGGUGGCGCAAGCUUGCUUAUUCCUCGCGGCGAAGGUCGAGGAGUCGGCCGUGUCUCUACGAUCGUUGGUGCGAGAGUGCCACGGCGUGCGCUACGCCGGGAAGAGCCGGGCGCCCCUUGAUGAAUCAAGUGAGAGGGACGUGAAGCGAGCUGUGGUGAUGGCGGAGCGCGCGGUGCUCUACGCGCGCCGCGGCGUCUCCUUUCGCCUUUCGCUCCGCGCCGCGCGGUGACCGUCGCAUCGAUGGCGCGUCGCGGCGACGGCGUGAUGGUUCUACACUACCUUCACGCCAUCGACGCGGCGGGCCGGUGGCGUGCCGCGCGCCGAGGGACCGCGCGACGGCGUCGAGAGGGGGGAGAGGAACACACACACAUCCAAGAGAGAAUAAAACAGGACGCGCGACGCCCUUGAUCAAUCUAGGCCAUCGGCUUUGAUGUGUGCGUCGAGAACCCCCUGCUGGCCUUCAUUGACCUCGUCAAUAAGCUGCGGGCGGGCGACGUGCUUUCAGAAGAUCUGAAGCAGCCGUUCUCGCAAGUGGGCAUCAACUUCAUCUCCGAUUCAUAUCGGACGGCGCUGUGCCUCGAGUUCCCGCCGCAAAAAAUCGCGGCGGCGUGUGCUUUUUUGACGGUGGUGUUCCUGCGGGCGCUGCCGGAUGAUCGGCCGCGGACGGCGGCUUUAUAUGGCGCGCUCGCGAUCUCCGAGAGGAGUUUGAGGAGCAUCUGCACGCAGAUGGCCGAGUUAUAUGUGGAGAACAAGAAGUGCGCGCGGCUCUUAAGGGACCUGGCGGAGAUGGGCCACGUUCCUGCCGAAUUGGUGAGGCCUGCCCCCAGGCCGCCGGUGCCUCCUUCAGAUUCCGUGGCCGGCGUGACGCCGUCGCCGUCGGUGCUGUCUUCUUCUUCCUCCGCUGGCCCAUGAGUGGUCGGGGUAAAAUUAAUAGUUGUUUUC